AUGGUCGAGUCAACAGGUCCGGCAGUCGUUGCUCCAGUCGAGGAUGAAAAAACCCGUGCGCUUACUAACUACAGGAAGAAACUGGUAGAGUACCGAGACAUUGAACAGCAACUGAAACAGCUGCGAAAGAAGGAAGCCGAAACCCAAAAGAGUUUCGACAAAUCUGAAAAUGAUAUCAAAUCGCUACAGUCAGUUGGUCAGAUCGUUGGUGAAGUUCUCAAACAACUCACUGAGGAGAAAUUCAUCGUUAAGGCCACCAACGGACCUAGAUACGUCGUUGGCUGCCGACGAUCGAUCAACAAAGAAGCUCUCAAGCAGGGUACCAGAGUAGCUUUGGAUAUGACUACCCUCACUAUCAUGCGCCAGCUACCUCGAGAAGUGGAUCCCUUGGUUUAUAAAAUGUCACACGAAGACCCGGGUAACAUUACUUAUGCUGAUGUCGGUGGCCUUGCAGAGCAAAUUCGUGAACUUCGAGAGGUUGUCGAAUUACCAUUGAUCAAUCCUGAACUGUUUCGUCGUGUUGGUAUAACUCCCCCUAAAGGUUGCCUGUUAUAUGGGCCUCCUGGGACAGGCAAAACUCUUCUUGCCAGGGCUGUAGCUUCUCAGUUGGAUUGUAAUUUCCUGAAAGUGGUUUCCUCUGCUAUUGUCGACAAGUAUAUCGGCGAAUCUGCUCGAAUGAUCCGUGAAAUGUUUAAUUAUGCUCGUGAUCAUCAGCCCUGUAUUGUAUUCAUGGACGAAAUCGAUGCCAUUGGUGGCCGACGGUUCUCCGAGGGUACUUCGGCUGAUCGUGAAAUCCAGCGAACGUUGAUGGAACUGCUCAAUCAACUGGAUGGUUUUGAUUCGUUAGGAAAAGUCAAAGUCAUUAUGGCAACAAACCGGCCUGAUACUUUGGAUCCUGCUCUUUUGCGUCCUGGACGUCUUGAUCGUAAGGUUGAAAUUCCGUUGCCCAACGAACAAGCCAGACUUGAGGUCCUGAAGAUUCAUGCGAAUCCAAUUACCAAACAUGGUGAUAUCGAUUAUGAAGCAGUCGUUAAGUUGUCUGAUGGAUUCUCCUGUGCAGAUUUGCGAAAUGUUUGCACUGAAGCUGGUCUGUAUGCGAUCAGAGCCGAACGAGAAUAUGUUAUUGAAGAAGACUUUAUGAAAGCCGUUCGAAAGGUCGGAGAUGCGAAGAAGCUUGAAACGAAACUUGAUUACAAGCCAGUUUAA